UCUGCUUUAUAUCUGUUCAUCACCCCUUUCAUUUCACCCUUUCAGCCGUUAUUCCUCACCAUGCCACCAAAGCAAGGAGAAGUCAUGUGGCCUAGAUUAGUUGCUAGUAAGAUACUGAACAAGCGAUUGGGAAGCAGCAACUUUGUGGCAGAUUAUUCAACUAACCUAGAACCAUUAUUGGGCUUCACAACCAUUGAUGAUCAUUCGACUCUGGGCUCCAAGACCAAUAAUCUUGACGAUCUCAAGGAGACUCAAAAGUACAAGAUAUUUGCUAGCACAUGGAACGUAGGAGGGCUUGCACCAGAUAAAGAUUUGAACAUAGAUGAUUUGUUGGAGACAAGUGGCACCAACUGUGACAUCUACGUGCUUGGGUUUCAAGAAAUAGUGCCUCUGAAGGCAUCAAACGUGCUGGGAUCUGAGAACAGGAAGAUCUCCAUGAAAUGGAACUCGUUGAUCAGAGAAGCUUUGAACAAGAGAACGGGGGGUCGUACGGACAUGGUGGGGAAUAAUAUUGAUGAGAAUAAUAAUAGUAAUAAAAAUAAUGAGGUGGAGGAGAUGGGAAACCCAGCUCAGUACAAUAAAAUAGCCCCACAAGAUUUCCAGUGUAUCAUUAGCAAACAAAUGGUUGGUAUCUUAAUAUCUGUGUGGGUUAGGAGACAUCUCCGUCCAUUCGUUCAGCAUCAAAGUGUCUCAUGCGUAGGCUGCGGGAUCAUCGGCUGCUUAGGAAACAAGGGUUCUGUGUCCGUGAGGUUUCAGUUGCAUGAAACAAGCUUCUGCUUUGUUUGCAGUCAUCUGGCUUCUGGGGGAAGAGAAGGAGAUGAAAAGCUUAGGAACUCUAAUGUCUCUGAAAUCUUUUCCAGGACAAGCUUCCCUAGAGGAGGCCCUUUGCUUGAUUUGCCUAAAAAGAUUCUUCAUCAUGACCUGGUAAUAUUGCUUGGAGAUUUAAAUUAUAGAAUUGCUCUACCAGAAGAAACGACACGCUUACUUGUUGAAAGUAAACACUGGGAUUCCUUACUAGAAAAUGAUCAGCUAAGGACGGAGCUGAUGAGUGGGAGCAUGUUAAGAGGGUGGCAUGAAGGAACAAUCAGAUUUGCCCCAACUUACAAGUACUGUCCCAACUCAGACGUCUAUUAUGGAUGCUUUUACCAUGGAAAAGGGGCACAAAAGAGGAGAGCUCCUGCAUGGUGCGAUCGGAUAAUAUGGUAUGGUAAGGGUUUGAAGCAACUUCAGUACACAAGAAGUGAAUCAAUGUUAUCAGACCACAGGCCUGUUAAGGCAAUGUUUAGUGCAGAGGUGAAGGUUUUACCAACACUGAAGAACUUGCAUAGCCUGUUUCUGUCGGAGAGAUUUGAGCAGCUUAAAUCCCACAUUCAAGUUUCCUCCACUGAUGAGUUAUUAUGUAAAACGCAAACAAGCUUCCGGUUAUAGAGCAAUUGAUUGUGUGAUUCUGUAUAUAUAUUAUUAAAUUUUUAAUGUUAUAUAUUCUCAAA